AUGAAAAACUGCGUCUACCUUGCCGCCUGCUCCCUCGUGCUCCUCAUUUCCAUCUCACUGGCCGCCGACCAGGAGUUCUGCCUGGCCUGCGAGCCGUUCGUCAACGAUGUCGUCAAGUACAAGGACGAGAAGGCCGACAAGUUUGUUGACAAAACCCGUAAAGCGUGCGCGAAACGAUUCGACAUGGUCUACCCGACAUUCUGCAAGACCCUGGUGACGGCUCAGAUUGAUGAUAUUCAGACGAAGCUCCAGGGCGGCCAGCCGGUGAAGAAGAUUUGCCAGAAGCUCAAGAUGUGC